AUGGAUACACUACAUGAAACUGAUGGCCACGACACUGCCAACCUCGUACGACGCGAAAGUCUCGGAUCUCAAAACUCUCAGACAGCAAAAGAAUUUAUUGAGUCGCAGAUUCGACUUGAAGCUGAUGCACGCGAAGCCCUUCCAUACUCCUUCGAUUCAUGCACGUAUGCUCUAGGUCCAUUACGACAGAAUCUAUUCGCCUGCCUAACGUGCAACCCUCCUCCUUCGAAGCCUAACGACCCCUACACUCCCGCUGCCGUUUGUUAUUCCUGUCAAAUUUCCUGCCACAGCGAGCACGAACUAGUAGAGCUGUUCAAUAAACGGAAUUUUGUUUGUGACUGCGGUACUACUCGCUUGCCAUCGCCAUGCACUUUGCGCGAGGAUCCGAAGACUGGUCGAAAGAUUGUCCGGUCACAAGAGGCCGCUCCUGGAAACAAGUACAACCACAACUUCCGCAAUCAGUUCUGCGGUUGCGGUGAACAGUAUGAUGCGCACGAAGAGAAAGGAACAAUGUUCCAAUGCCUCGGCCUCGGCACGGUCGAGACUGGUGGUUGUGGUGAGGACUGGUGGCACCCUGAAUGCCUUAUCGGUCUUCCCCGAGACUGGCAUAAGAGCGAAGUGAGCGAGAAGCAAGCGCCUUCCGACGACAUUGUCGCGCCGGUAAACGCUCACGCCCAGCCGGUAGACGAUGAUGAUGAAACUCCACUGCCUCCUGGAUUCCCCGCUGAGGAUGAUUUCUGGCAGCUUAUCUGCUUCAAGUGCUUGGACUCCAAUCCGUGGCUGAAGCCGUAUGCGGGUACUCCCGGAUUCCUUCCCCCGGUGUAUCAGCAUGGUGUAAUGAGGGAGCCUUCUGCCGUGAAGACGUCUGAUGAACAGACCGAUCGCUCGAAGAAACGGAAGGCAGAGGAUGACGUAGUAUCCCAUGAGACCACUGCAAAGCGCACCAGGGAUGAGUCGCAAACAUCGACGUCAGCUCCUAUCAAAGAGGAACCAUCAACGAAACCCGAAGACACGACAGAAGCUCUCAAGGCUGAUACACGGAAGACCGACACCGCCCAACCCAAACAUACCUCUCUUCCCACCCCCGGUCCGGUAGGGUCAUUUUCACUGUUCGUGGAACAUGAUUUUUACGACCAUCUCUGCCGAUGUGCAGAGUGCUUCCCUAAGCUAGCGCCGUAUCCGCAACUUCGUGAAGAAGAGGAUACAUAUGAACCUCCUCUAUCUGACGAUGGCGAGGACAAUGCCGCUGCAAGCACCGGCACAGGCAGUCUCUUGGAGCGCGGUGAAGCAGCCCUAAGCAAUGUCGAUCGCGUGCGUGCCAUCGAGGGUGCCAUGAUUUACAACCAUCUCCGCGAUAAGGUUAAAGACUUUCUCAAGCCGUUUGCUGAAAGUGGCCAGGCUGUUAGCGCAGAUGAUAUCAAGGGCUACUUUGAGAAGCUGCGCGGUGAUGAGCAGGGUAUCAAAGACGCCGCUGGUCAAGCAGAGGCGGUGGGAGGACGAGGCACCGAUGGUGACGGCGAUACCGGUGACGGCCGACGCGAGCAGAGCGGUAUGUGA